GAUGGCGGCAGCGGCAACCUGCGGCGCAGGUGCUGGGAGUCUUCGUUCUGUGGCGGCGGCGGCGGCGGUCGACAGGAGCAGCGCCACCAGCUUCCAGAGGAAGGGUCCCAGAGCCGGCGAUGCCGACGGCAGAGGCCCUCGCCUGGUGUCCAUUGCAGGCACCCGGCCGUCGGUGCGGAACGGACAGCUGCUGGUAUCCACCGGGCUCCCGGCCCUGGACCAGCUCUUAGGUGGAGGUGUAGCUGUUGGAACCGUCCUCUUGAUUGAGGAGGACAAGUACUGCACGUACGCGCCGCUGCUCCUCAAGUGCUUCCUGGCUGAGGGCGUCGUCUGCGGACACCCGCUGCUGCUUGCAUCCGCGCGGGAACCGCCCGCCCGCCUCGUGCAGGAGCUCCCUGCGCCGUUACUUGACGGUAGCUAUAAAAAAGAACUUGAUCAAGAUGGAUGCAGUCAUCCAGCAGCAGACGCUAAAGUGCAGAUGAAAAUAGCGUGGCGGUACCAGUUGUUGCCCAGGAAGGAGGUUGGACCAGUGUCAUCAAGAUUUGGUCAUUAUUAUGACAUAUCCAAAAAGAUGCCACAGGAACUCCUGGAGACUGCACAAUGGCACGGGUUUUUCCUCCCAGAGAAGAUGUCUUCACCUCCCACUGCUGAACCCUGCCACUUGACCCACGGCUACUCGAAGCUGCUUGAGUUUAUCAAGAAGAUCAUUUCUGAGGAAGGCGUUGAUGGAUCCAAUCCCCAGAAAAAACAGAAAAAUAUCUUAAGAAUAGGAAUUCAGAGCCUCGGCUCCCCCUUAUGGGGAGAUGACGUGUGCUGCGCGGAAACCUGUGAACAUAGUCACAGCCUCACCAAGUUCCUCUACGUUCUCCGUGGUCUCGUGCGAGCCUCGCUCUCGGCCUGCGUGGUCACAGUGCCAACACACCUGAUCCAGAAUAAAGCAAUUACUGCUCGUGUCACCAACUUGUCAGAUACGGUAGUGGCCUUGGAAUCGUUUGUUGGUUUGCAGAGAGAAAUCAACCCUCUCUACAAGGAUUAUCAUGGUUUGAUUCAUAUUCGGCAGAUUCCUCGGCUUAAUAACUUGAUUUGUGAUGAAUCAGAUGUCAAAGACUUAGCUUUUAAGUUAAAAAGGAAACUAUUCACCAUUGAGCGCCUGCGCUUGCCUCCAGACCUGUCAGACACGGUGAGCCGAGAGGGCAAACAGGACGUGGCGGCGUCCGCCGCGCGGCCCGGCCCCUGCCGCAGCGCGCUGGCCGCGGGCGAGCCGCACCUGGACUUCUAGGGCCCGCCUGCGCGGGGGCUCUCGGGCUGCCGACGGCUUAUGGAAAUGCUGCUCCUGGUGAUGCCCGGAGAACACCGUGAGGGCUACCAGUGGCUUCGCCUUCUCAAGCAACUUUCUACACAGGAAUAGGAUAGCAGGGGCACUUUCAUUUUGGAAUUUGGCUUUUGCUGUGUAGAGAAAAUAGGUGAU